GUUUGUCCUUAUUUACAGGUAGGCGAAAACCAAGAGUACAUCGGCCUCGUUCUCCAAUAUUAGAAGAAAAAGACAUCCCACCCCUUGAAUUUCCGAAGUCCUCUGAGGAUUUAAUGGUGCCUAAUGAGCAUAUAAUGAAUGUCAUUGCCAUUUAUGAGGUCGUGCGGAACUUUGGCAAUGUUUUAAGGUUGUCCCCUUUUUGCUUUGAGGACUUCUGUGCAGCUCUGGUGAGCCAAGAGCAGUGUACACUCAUGGCAGAGAUGCACGUGGCGCUUCUGAAAGCAGUUCUUCGUGAAGAGGACACGUCUAACACCACCUUUGGCCCUGCGGAUUUGAAAGACAGUGUGAAUUCCACUCUGUAUUUCAUCGAUGGGAUGACCUGGCCGGAGGUCCUAAGGGUCUACUGUGAGAGUGAUAAGGAAUACCAUCAUGUUCUUCCUUACCAGGAGGCUGAGGAUUAUCCGUACGGACCAGUGGAGAACAAAAUCAAAGUUCUGCAGUUUCUAGUCGAUCAGUUCCUUACAACCAACAUUGCCCGUGAGGAGCUGAUGUCUGAAGGAGUAAUCCAGUAUGAUGACCACUGUAGGGUCUGUCACAAACUGGGGGAUCUACUCUGCUGUGAGACGUGCUCGGCUGUGUACCAUUUAGAGUGUGUGAAGCCACCUCUUGAAGAAGUGCCGGAGGACGAGUGGCAGUGUGAAGUCUGUGUGGCACACAAGGUACCUGGUGUGACUGACUGUGUCGCUGAAGUCCAAAAGAAUAAACCCUACGUCCGACAUGAGCCUAUUGGGUAUGACAGGAGCCGUAGGAAAUACUGGUUCUUAAACCGAAGACUCAUAAUAGAAGAAGACACAGAAAAUGAAAACGAGAAGAAAGUUUGGUACUACAGCACAAAGGUCCAGCUUGCAGAAUUAAUAGACUGUCUAGACAAAGAUUACUGGGAAGCAGAGCUGUGCAGAGUUCUAGAAGAUAUUCGGGAAGAGAUGCAGCAGCAUAUGGACGUGACUGAAGACCUGACCAAUAAGGCUCGUGGCGGCAACAAGUCCUUCCUGGCGGCAGCUAACGAGGAAAUUUUGGAUUCCUUAAGAAUCAAACGAGGGGAAGAUAUUGACUGUGAUCAGGGCCCAGAAGGCACAGACAAGCGUGAGGGCGAGAGCGACAGCUCCAAGGAUGCUGAGAAGAGCAGAGAGGAGGCUGAGGACCCGUCUCUGGACAAGGAUGCUGACAGCAAAGUCCUGGAGGAGGAGACCGGGCAAGGAAAACCUGAGGAGCCAACAGAAGUUGGGGAUAAAGGUAACUCUGUGCCAGCAAAUCUUGGUGACAACACAGCAAAUGCUUCUUCAGAAGAGACUAGUCCCUGUGAAGGGCGGAGCCCCGAGGGCUGUCUCUCAGAGACCCAUGAUAGCAGCAGCAUGGCAGAGAAGAAGGUGACAUCUGAGCUCCCCCCGGACGUACCAGAAGACUCUAACAAGACAUGUGACAGCAGUAACACUAGUGCCACCACUGCCUCCAGCCAGCCUAAUCUGGAGAACUGCAGCAGCGGGCUCACUUCUCCCCAGAGUGACUCUGCUAAGGCAGCGGAUGAUCCUGAGAUUGGAGAAAGUGACUCCCAUACACCUGUCUCUGUUCACGAAGAGAUAGGUGAUUUCAGACUGGAGAAGCCCAAUGGAGAAGUAUCCGAGUCCCCGGGAGCUGGGAAAGGAGCGUCUGGGUCUACUCGUAUUAUUACCAGACUGAGGAACCCCGAGAGCAAACUCAGUCAGCUCAAGAGUCAGCAGGUGGCAGCUGCGGCCCAUGAAGCAAAUAAAUUGUUUAAGGAGGGCAAAGAGGUGCUGGUGGUUAACUCCCAAGGAGAGGUGUCGCGGCUGAGCACAAAAAAGGAGGUGGUCAUGAAAGGGAACAUCAAUAAUUAUUUUAAGCUGGGACAAGAAGGGAAGUAUCGAGUCUACCACAAUCAGUACUCGACCAAUUCCUUUGCUCUGAAUAAGCACCAGCACAGAGAAGACCAUGAUAAGAGGAGGCACCUUGCACAUAAGUUCUGUCUCACUCCAGCUGGGGAGUUCAAGUGGAGUGGGUCUGUUCACGGCUCUAAAGUCCUGACCAUCUCCACGCUGAGACUCACCAUCACACAGCUGGAGAGCAACAUCCCUUCGUCCUUUCUUCACCCUAACUGGGCGUCACACAGGGCUAAUUGGAUCAAGGCCGUUCAGAUGUGUAGUAAACCCAGAGAAUUUGCAUUGGCUCUCGCAAUUUUGGAGUGUGCAGUUAAGCCGGUUGUGAUGCUGCCAAUAUGGAGGGAGUCUUUAGGACAUACCAGGUUACAUAGGAUGACAUCAAUUGAAAGGGAAGAAAAGGAGAAAGUUAAAAAAAAGGAGAAAAAACAAGAGGAGGAGGAGACAAUGCAGCAGGCCACAUGGGUAAAAUACACAUUUCCCGUGAAACACCAGGUUUGGAAGCAGAAAGGGGAGGAAUACAGAGUGACAGGGUAUGGUGGCUGGAGCUGGAUCAGUAAGACACAUGUUUACAGGUUUCUUCCCAAGUUACCAGGCAACACGAAUGUAAACUACAGAAAACCUUUUGAUGGAGCCAAAAAUAAUACAGAUGAAAAUAAGGAUGAGUCAGAGAAAAGAAAAAGUCCACGAAGUCCAAAAAAAUUGAAGACAGAAUGUGAUUCUGAUAAAGGUGAGGUGAGAGAUGCAGACUCCACAGCUGGAGCCGCCACAGGGACAAUGGAGCUGUCUAAGGCGCCUGAGAAGAAGGACCAAGAUGUAAAAGAACUUUUAGAUUCUGAUAAUGACAAAUCCUUCAAGGAAGAACCAAUGGAGAUUGACGAUAAUGUGAAAACAGAGUCACAUAUGAGCAGUCAGGAAAGUGCAGAGGUCGAUGUGGUCAAUGUCAGUGAGGGCUUCCAUCUAAGGACUAGUUAUAAGAAGAAAACGAAAUCCUCUAAGCUGGAUGGGCUUCUGGAACGGAGGAUUCGACAAUUUACCCUGGAAGAGAAACAGCGGCUUGAGAAGUUAAAGCUGGAGAGUGGGGUAAAAGGGGGCACGCCCCCCGCGGGUGCUCUGAAAGGCUCCCCUGAGUCUCCAGUGUCCACAAAAGCAAAUGAAGGAUAUCAGGGCGACUUGCUUAGACAGGAACAAAGCCCCAGUCCAAGUCAGGCUAGCACUGUGGACUUGGGGCUGGGGGGCUCACAAAGUGAUCCCUUGGCUCUUGGCAUCGGUGCUCCUAGUCUCAGCACACACAAACCUGAUCCAAAAGAUCAAGUAUUAGAUGAUGUCUCCAUUCAGAGUCCAGGGCCACACUGUCACAACUCUGUUGAAAGCAACCUAGAUGCCAGGAUCUCUGAACUUGGCAGUAAGGGACUGGAACUAAGUCAGACUAAAACAAAAGUGACUGACUCUUUCACUGAUGACUGUAAACCAAGCAGUGCAGAUGAUGUUGGCACUUUGACCUGUAAGAGCAAGAAGCUGCUCCCACAGGAAGAUGGCAGCGUCAUGUCUUCUUCAGCUCCAUCCGUACCUAAAAGCCCCCAUGACAGAGAUGCUCAGGCCUUCCCAAAAGCAAUGGACUUCGAUGGAAGACUAGGUGGUGAUUCUGAAUAUAGUAGCACUUUGGAAAAUAGCUCUGAUACUGUGUCUACUAGGGACAGUGCUGAAGAAGAUAUGCUUGUUCAGAACAGCAAUGAAGCCACCUCUAAACGGUUCAUAACUUCAGACCAAGGCGUGGAAAGUGUGGAGCUGACCAAAUGUCAGUUCGUUUCUAAGUCCACUGAAAAUUGUGAAGACAAACUACAGGGUAAGGUAACUGAAGCAAAUGGUAAGAAACUGGGCCAGCAUCAAAAGCCAGAGGAGAGAGCAGUUAACAGAUGUUCUGAGCAGGUCAGCCUAAGGCACAGCACUGACAGAAAGAGCAGUGAAACCCGAGAGUCUGAGAAGAAAGUACAGAAAGCAAAUAAAUUUCAAAUAAACGGCAAAGAUAGUAAAGCCAAGGGGUACCUGAAAGGGUCAUGUGUGAAGGAUGGCUCUGGUGGUAAGGUUGUGAGUGGUACUGUUGAACCAAAGGUCAAUAAGAUCAAUAACGUCAUCCCUGCAAAUAACAAGUCACUGCCUGGGAAGGAAUCUGUUGUGAAGCCGUUCAUUAACGGCGACAUUGUUAUGGAAGAGUUCGGUGAACAAAACACUGCAGAAACAAACUCAUAUUCACUGAGUUCUUCAGAUGCCAAAGGUAAUCACCAAGAUGGCCUCUAUACCCUACCAUCCACCAAAGAGUCUGCCAGUGCCCAGGUAAUCAAACCCUCAGCCCCUUGUCCAGAUCUAAACUCACUCAAUCAGGUAGAAGAUAUGGAAACUGAAAGUGCAGAGGUUAAAAAAUUUACCCCAUCUCCUGUUACGACUGGAGAGGACCUUAACAAGGGAUUCUCGGAUGAAAAUGGUCUACCUUCCAGCAAAGACGGGAAUGUCAGUGGAGAGUCCCAAAGAAAGACAGUCAUCACAGAAGUCACCACCAUGACAUCCACUGUAGCCACAGAGUCAAAGACUGUCAUUAAGGUAGCAAAGGGGGACAGGCAAACUGUGGUUUCUUCCACAGAAAAUUGUGCCAGAUCCACAGUCACAACGACCACUACCACUGUGACAAAGCUCUCCACACCCUCCCCAGACAGCGGGGUGGAUACCAUCUCUGUAAAGGAGCAGAGUAAAACUGUGGUCACCACGACAGUGACGGACUCCCUGACCACUGCAGGAAGCACACUGGUGACAUCUAUGACAGUGAGCAAAGAGUAUUCCACACGAGACAGAGUAAAGCUGAUGAAGUUUUCAAGACCCAAGAAGACGCGUUCAGGAACAGCCCUGCCAUCCUAUAGGAAGUUCGUUACCAAGAGCAGCAAAAAGAGCAUAUUCGUGUUACCUAACGAUGACUUGAAAAAGCUGGCCAGAAAAGGAGGGAUCCGGGAAGUCCCUUACUUUAAUUAUAAUGCAAAGCCUGCCUUGGACAUAUGGCCAUAUCCUUCUCCUAGACCAACCUUUGGUAUCACGUGGAGGUAUAGACUUCAGACGGUAAAGUCCUUAGCAGGGGUGAGCCUGAUGCUACGGUUACUGUGGGCCAGUUUGAGAUGGGAUGAUAUGGCGGCCAAGGCUCCUCCAGGAGGAGGGUCUACACGGACAGAAACAUCUGAAACUGAAAUCACAACCACAGAGAUAAUUAAGAGGCGAGAUGUGGGUCCUUAUGGCAUUCGUUCUGAGUAUUGUAUCAGGAAGAUCAUUUGCCCCAUCGGAGUUCCAGAAGCACCAAAAGAAACACCCACACCUCAGCGGAAAGGUCUUCGAUCAAGUGCACUUCGGCCAAAGAGACCAGAGACACCCAAGCAGACGGGCCCUGUUAUCAUUGAGAGCUGGGUGGCUGAAGAGGAGUUGGAGCUCUGGGAGAUCAGGGCCUUUGCUGAGAGAGUGGAGAAAGAAAGGGCUCAGGCGGCGGAGCAGCAGACUAAGAAACGUUUGGAGCAGCAGAAGCCUGCAGUCAUUGCGGCAUCCACCACGUCCCCAGCAAACAAUACAAGCAGCACCGUCUCUCCAGCUCAGAAGGUGAUGGUGGCUCCCUUAAGUGGCUCGGUCACCCCUGGAACGAAGAUGGUGCUAGCCACAAAAGUCGGCUCUCCUGCCACAGUCACAUUCCAGCAAAACAAGAACUUCCAUCAAACUUUUGCCACGUGGGUGAAGCAAGGCCAGUCCAAUUCAGCCACCAGCACAGCUGCCACCUCUGCUACCACCAUUGCCAGCACAGGUCAGACGUUCCAAAUUACAGGCAAUCCCGUCACUAUGGCAGGAAAAGUAAUUACCAAAUUGCCACUUCCUGCAAACAGCAAGAUUGUCGCUGUAAAUGUGCCGGCAACACAAGGAGGCGUGGUCCAGGUACAGCAGAAGGUUCUGGGAAUCAUUCCAUCGACCACAGGUCCAAGCCAGCAAACCUUUACUUCAUUCCAGCCCAGGACUGCAACCGUCACAAUUAGGCCCAAUACCUCAGCCUCUGCAGGAACCACUACCACAUCACAGGUGAUCACGGGGCCUCAGAUUCGCCCUGGCAUGACUGUGAUUAGAACGCCACUCCAGCAGCCAGCACUGGGAAAAGCAAUCAUUCGAACACCAGUGGUGGUGCAGCCAGGUGCACCCCAACAAGUGGUGACUCAAAUCAUCCGAGGACAGCCUGUUUCCACUGCCAUCUCUGCUCCAAGUACGGGUUCUUCAGCAUCUGUGCAAAAGGGCUUAACUCCAGGAGCAGCGGCUGGGACUCUGCAGCCUGCAGCCCCACACAGCCCUCGCCCUCAGCAAGGGCAAGUGAAGCUCACCAUGGCUCAGCUCACUCAGCUAACACAGGGCCACGGAGGCAACCAAGGUUUAACAGUAGUGAUUCAAGGACAAGGACAGACUACUGGACAGUUGCAGUUGAUACCUCAGGGGAUGACGGUCCUUCCGGGGCCAGGGCAGCAGCUCAUGCAAGCCGCAAUGCCGAAUGGCACUGUUCAGCGCUUCCUCUUUACCCCACUGUCCACAUCGGCCACGCCCACCAGCAGCAGCAGCCCUGCCAGUGCUGCGGCAGCAGGCUCAGGGGAACAAAAACAGAGUAAAUUAUCACCCCAGACCCAGGCACAACCAGCCACAACCCUGGCACCAACUCAGCCAUCAAGUGUGAGUCCUGCAGAAGCCCAGCCACAGCCUGCUCAGCCUGCUGCAGCACAGCCCCAGCCCCAGCCCCAGCCCCCAGCUCAGCCUGAAGUCCAGACCCAGCCCGCUGUCUCGUCCCAUGUCCCUUCUGAAACACAGCCCUCCCAAGCACAGUCAUCCAAACCCCUGGUCGCAACACAGUGUCAGCUUCAGAGCAGUGUACCAGGACAGUCUCCUGCUCGUGUCCAGAGCCCACCAUUGACUCGAAUACGUCCAUCAACUCCAUCCCAAGUGACUCCUGGACAGCAAUCCCAGGUUCAGACUACAGCCUCACAGCCGAUUCCAAUUCCGCCCCCCACAUCUCUGCAGGCACCUUCCCAAGGCCAGCCACAGUCACAGCCCCAGGUACAGUCUUCAACUCCAACUCUUUCAUCAGGACAGACAUUAAAUCAAGUUACUGUUCCAUCCCCAUCCCGUCCUCAGCCACAAACACAGCAGCCACAGCCCCAAGUCAUUGCUGGGCCUCAGCUCCAGCAAGUCCAGGUUCUCUCUCAGAUCCAGUCGCAGGUUGUGGCUCAGACACAGGCUCAGCAAGGUGGUGUGCCCCAGCAAAUCAAACUGCAGUUGCCCAUUCAAGUUCAGCAAAACAGUGCUGCACAGACUCAGCAUACUCAGAGUGUGGUCACAGUGCAGGCAGCCAGUGUGCAAGAGCAGUUGCAGAGGGUUCAGCAACUCAGGGAUCAGCAGCAAAAGAAGAAGCAGCAGAUAGAAAUUGAGCGUGAACACACCCUCCAAGCUUCUAACCAAAGUGAAAUCAUUCAGAAACAGGUGGUGAUGAAGCAUAAUGCUGUAAUAGAACAUUUAAAACAGAAAAAGACCAUGACUCCAGCUGAAAGAGAAGAAAAUCAAAGAAUGAUUGUCUGUAACCAGGUGAUGAAGUAUAUUCUGGAUAAGAUAGAUAAAGAAGAAAAACAGGCAGCCAAGAAACGCAAGCGGGAGGAGAGUGUGGAGCAGAAGCGGAGCAAGCAGAAUGCCAGCAAGCUCUCUGCUCUGUUGUUCAAACACAAGGAGCAGCUCAAAGCCGAGAUCCUGAGAAAGAGAGCGCUCCUGGACAAAGAGCUACAGAUCCAAGUGCAGGAAGAGCUGAAGAGAGACCUGAAAAUGAAGCGAGAGAGGGAGAUGGCCCAAGCGGUACAGGCCAGUGCUGCUGCAGUGCCCACACCCUCCGUACCAGCGCCAGUACCAGCACCUGCACCGGCAGCUCCUCCAGCUCCUCCUCCUUCUCCACCUCCCUCCACACACAGUCUGCCAUCUGCAGGCCACCCCACAGCCACCCUGCCUGCCACUUCCCAGAAGAGGAAGCGGGAGGAGGAGAAGGACUCUAAGUCCAAGAGGAAGAAGAUGAUCUCCACCACCUCCAAGGAGGCCAAGAAAGACACCAGGCUAUACUGCAUCUGCAAGACACCCUACGAUGAGUCCAAGUUCUAUAUUGGCUGUGAUCUUUGUACUAACUGGUAUCAUGGAGAAUGUGUUGGCAUCACAGAAAAGGAGGCUAAGAAAAUGGAUGUGUACAUCUGUAAUGAUUGUAAGCGGGCACAAGAGGGCAGCAGUGAGGAAUUGUACUGUAUCUGCAGGACACCUUAUGAUGAGUCACAAUUUUAUAUUGGCUGUGAUCGGUGUCAGAAUUGGUACCACGGGCGCUGUGUUGGCAUCUUGCAAAGUGAGGCAGACCUCAUUGAUGAGUAUGUCUGUCCACAGUGCCAGUCGACAGAGGACGCCAUGACAGUGCUCACACCACUGACAGAGAAAGAUUAUGAGGGCUUGAGGAGGGUGCUGCGCUCCUUACAGGCCCAUAAGAUGGCGUGGCCUUUCCUUGAACCUGUAGAUCCCAAUGAUGCACCAGAUUAUUACGGUGUUAUUAGAGAGCCAAUGGACCUUGCCACCAUGGAAGAAAGAAUACAAAACCGAUAUUAUGAAAGGCUGACAGAGUUCGUGGCAGAUAUGACCAAAAUUUUUGAUAACUGCCGUUACUACAAUCCCAAUGACUCCCCUUUCUACCAGUGUGCAGAAGUUCUUGAAACAUUCUUUGUACAGAAACUAAAAGGAUUCAAGGCCAGCAGGUCUCAUAACAACAAGCUGCAAUCUACAGCUCCUUAGAACUCAGCAUGUCACCUAAGCUAGGCACAGCAAGGCUGGCGGCUGAACUGUUUAAAUUAAAGCGCCAGAUGUUUUCAGUCAGGCUAUCCUGACAAGACCGUAACCUCGUUCAUAUUGGUCACAACAGUCCAGUUGUAUUCUUGGCCAAUUUUGUCCAACGGACAAAGGAAAAGCAAAGUCAACGGCACCGUUGUCUUGUUGAGAGCAAAUGGCUUUACUAUUGUGGCAGAAGCAGGAAAACUGUUUAUUGAGAAAAAGAAAAAGAAAAAGCAAGAAAAAAAAAAGAUACUAUGGGGUGAAGUGUGACUCCGUGGAAAUGCCGCGUCUGCUCUUCAGUGAAGAAGCUGCUCAGAGUCUCACAGAAAACUCUCUGACUGUAUUUAUUUAUUGUUGCAAAAAAAAAAAAAAAGACGCUUUUUUAUUGCUGCCCUCAUUUGUCAGCUAAUUAUUUUUUCUUAUACAAAUCCAGCCCUGGUUCCGUGUAUCCACCCUGUAUCUUAUCAUGAUCCCUGUAGGUGAAGUACAAGGCGACCUCUGGGUGUCUUUUCUUUCUAUGAAAGGAGCUGCUAUGUACAAUUGUGCACACAACUGGGAAUCAACCAUGACUUUACUGUUCACGGGAGACACAAGUGAAGCUUCCAGAAAGGCCGGGCUAAGCGGUCCUGGACUACGGACGUCAUGGCCUUGAAUAUACCAGGACAAAUUGUCAUUUACUCUGCACCAGGCUAAAUGAGCAAAAUCUAUUUGAAGGUAUCUUGUUUGUAAACAUUGUCAGAUUCUAAUUUUUUUCUUUUUGUAUUAAAAUUCAACUAUGGAUGUAUAUGAAUCGAAAUAAAUGGAGAUAAUUUUUCUCCCACAGAUGGAGGUCUCUUUGAAUGUGCGCUAUGAUUACCUGUAAGCCUUUGUGGGGACGGGGCGGGGGAGAGACCAGGAAUGACAGGCAGACCUGGAUUUCUCCACAAUAGCAGAGGCCCUUCCUUUCCUAAGUCCCUUGUCACCACAUCAGAGAAAAUCUCUAAGGAGCCUGCCCCAUACAUACAUCGCUUGGUCAUUCCUGUAAUAAUGGGAAUAUGACACAGUACAAGUUGCCUUCAUCCCCACCUUCCGUAACUGUAGACAAAUUCCCAAUGCCAGGCAGCUCCCUGUGUGGGAUGAAGGGCGUUUGCUGGCUGGGUUCCUUUGGGUUUGGUUUAUUGCAGUAGAGCAGGGUAGAAGGUAGAGCAGACAGGCUUGCCCUGCAUGUUCCUCCUGCGAGCGAGUGCUCUCACCCUCCCCUUCGAGCUGCUUGCUGUGUUGUGAAAACCAGCCGGAAUUGGGUCAGGCCACCUCGCAGAUGUUUUCCUAGAUUUUGCACUAGUCCAUAUUAGCCUUGUCCUGCUGGGUUCUAGAAUCUACCUAGUUGUUUGUUUGUUUGUUUGUUUUAAGGCCUUCUCUGUGCAUUUGGUGUCGCCCUGCUAUGCAAAGCCUUCCCCAGCCCUUAGUUUCUUGAAAGGAAACGGUGGCAACAGUUGGCAAUUCUUUCUUAUGACAGGCUCAGGUGUACAGGUUCUUCUGGGUUCACGUGCUCUGUUGAAGCCUACUCCAUCUGUACAUAAAAAUGUCACUUUAGCCUGUGCUUACAGCUAAAGAGAUAUAUCUGCUCAAUAUGGUAACAAAGUUUUUGCUUAAACUAUUAAGGUGGAAGUAGUUAAAUACAGGCUAUUUUGUCCUUUUAGUUUACAAAAAAAAAAAAAAAGUUCCAUGUUGUAAGCACUGUGCUGAUGCAAGAAUUCUACAUCCCAACGAAACAGAGUGGUUCUGCAUCUCCACAAGUACUCCUGUACUCUCUAUUCAUAUAGCUAAGUAUAUAUGGGCUUACUCACUUAAGCUUGUUGCAGCAAGAGCUUUCCUACCAGUGGGCAAUAGAUUGCUAUGUUUUUAACAAAUUGUAGCAAAUUCUAAAUAAUCCUUUUUGUACGUAAUAGGACAUUUCAUCCUACAAAAAUAAAGUAAUGUUUUUGACAUUGGAUUCUGUGCAGUUUCUAAUGAAACAAUGGCUGGUUGGGUCAAUGUUUGUUAUAUUUUCUGAAGCUGUUGGCAUUGCCAAGUUGUACAGAGAGGUGGGGGGUGGGUAUGGGUUAUGGAUUUCUGAGACCAGGAAGAUGUUAAUUUCUUAUUUGUGUACUUAAUGGUAUAAAGACUUUUGCAAUUUCUAUCAUCAUAUAAAGACAUUUUAUAAUUUUAUCAGACUAUAGAGUUUUAGUCUUUCAAAAGGAAAUUUUGAAAAACGUACAUUAUUUCAAAAGCUGCUUUUCUACAAAUCUCAUGUGACAUACUUCUGCUACUUAAUAAAAGCAUUAAGCUUCGGCAGACAAGUGGUCUGAUGCGCAUUUGUGAUGCGGAUAGGGCUCAGGCUCCGUGCCUAUGAGUUGUAUUUCUUUGCUUUGAUAGAUUUCUUUGGCUAAAAGUAUUUUUUUAGCAUUUCCUGUGCUCAUCUCCAAAUUCACAAUUUAAGACCAUUUCUUAAGAGAUAUUUUCGUAAUAGCAGUAAGGCUUUUUUCUCCUGUGCAAAUUCUUCAGGGUUUGUAUUUACUGUCCUAUGCUAGGUCAAAGAAAUUGCGAUCUUUUGGAGGUGUUUUCUACAGUAAAAAUGACCUUUUUUCUAUUUGGAGUGGCCUGGAGUGCUAUGUAGGGACCCUGACCAUGUGCUGCCUGUUUGUAACCUUUCGUCUUAAGAUCUGCAAAUAAAACUUCUUUCCCUGU